AGCUGCCUUUCCUUAUUACUCCAUCAAACUUUGCUUGCAUAGUUGCAGCACUAAUACACGCCAUGCGUCGCACGCGUUUGCGAUGGAUGUAUCUCCCUCGGACGCCGAAGAAAAAGGAGAAGGACCACCCGCUGCAGAUUCAAAACGCCCAGGAAUUCCUCUAUACGACGGCCGUCGUCGCUACUUUCACCUGCGUGGUGGCGGCCAUCAUGGCGCUGCGAAAGGUGCAGCAGCGCAACCGGCAGGCGAAGCAGGAACUCAUGCGCAAACGGUGCGGCCAGAAGGUGGUCGUUAUUGGUGCCGGCGCGGGUGGCUGCGCGACGGCCGCCCUUAUCGCGAGCGCUUCACCAGAUGUCCACAUCACCGUGAUUGAGAAGGAUCGUCAGCAGAUCUUUCAGGGCCAGGUGCCGCUCGCCCACGUGGGGCACCGCAGCUACGACUUGGGGACGACCACCGGCUUGGAUUCCCUGCGCUCCCCCGCAACGUGGAACGUGACGCGGGAUGCGAACCUGGUGAUGGCGGAGGUGCUGAGAGUCGACCCGGAGGCACGGCAGGUGUACGUGCGGAGCUCGCCUGGUAUGCUGGCCUCUGCGAAGUCCCUCGACGAGGAGACGCCCGCCACGAAUGCUGUGAAUUCUCUCGUGCGGUGGUGGCGCGGCGGGCCCAAGACGCCGGCGACCAUCUCGAUAAACGAGGACGGAAGCCCAAAUCUGUCUGACGGCACGACAGUGUUCUCGUACGACGCGUUAGUUGUGGCGGCCGGGGCACAGCGUACCCUAGGUCACCUGCGCAACGAGCUACCACUGCAUCAAAUCGACAGCUACCGCAUCGCGGUCAACCCUGGCACCACGCGUGACAGUCUCGCCACCGUCUUCGCCGGCAACAUCGUGCACAUCAAAAUGCCCCCUGCUUCGUUUGUGUGGCAGAUGGAGGCCGCUCGUGCGCUGGUGGGGAAGGGCAGCGGGAAGCAACGUGAGGGUUGUGUGACACUAGAGCUGGGAGCUCCGUCCACCACCGCCACCGCGGCGACGUCGGUCACCACCGGGCCAACGUCAUCGGCGACGGACUCCGUCUCCUUUGAGGCGUUUGCGUCGUCGGAGGACCCCACCGUGCUGUCGACGCUGUGGAAAGCAGUUCGAGAUCGCUGGGAGAAGAGGGGUGCGGCAUCGACAAUGCGCAGCUCCAAUGACGGAGAUAGCGAGGCUGCGGUUCUAGAUGAAGUGGCGCUGCGUCUCGCGAGCGAAGCAGAAAAGAAGGCCACAUCCUCGUCGUUGUGCGCUUCGUCUUCACGGUCGUGGCCGCUCUUCUUCUUAUCGCAGUGGUGCAUGCACUUCAGCAGCCGCCAGCACGACAGCACCUUCGUCUCCAGCACCAACACCAUCUGGAAGUAUCUCUGGUAUUACAACAAGCUGAGCCUCUGCCAGCUGUUUGCGGUGACAGCCGAUCUGCAGCCUAUUGGGCCGGCUCCUCGCCAAGUAAAUGAGGUGAUUGAGCGCUUCUGGCGCGAGCGUCAGCUGGGUUGUCGGCACGGCCACGACAGGGAAGGAGAUCGGUUCCACGUUUUGUAUCACUCGUACGCGACGUCGCUUGACAGCCAAACCAACACCGUGACGCUGUACGAUUACAAGAACAACGCCGAGGUGCGACUGCCUUUUCAUUUAGUGGUGCUGGAUCUGGCGUUGCGGGCACCGGGUUUUGUGCGGCAGAGCGGUCUGCAUCGCACCCGGUAUGUGGAGGAGUGCGUGUUGCCUGCGUUGACCGAAGGCGCUCGAACGGUGGCCGAUGCGUGGGCGAAGGACACCUCACCUGAAAAGGCGAAUGCUGGAGCGACAGUUCAAGCGCUUCGCAAGAAUCCCCUGCUGGGCAAGACGAAGGCGGAGUUGGAGUCUAUUUUCGCCGAUGAGACCUCCUUCAUGGAUGUCGAUCCCACCACUCUGCAGCACCGCCGCUUCUCUGACGUGUUUGCCGUCGGCGACGUGGCCGGCGUCCCCUCUGCAAAAAGCUACGGUGCCGUGUUUGCGCAGGUGCCGGUGGUAGUGCACAACGUGCGGCAGGUGCUGAAGGCACAGCAGAUGGCGGCGAAGGGAGCGGCGGACACAGCCGUGGAACAGCGCGGGACGACAUCUGAACUCACCACAGCGUCGACGCCGCCACUCCCGCGCCCCAACGCACGUUACACGGGCUAUUCCUCCUACCAUGUGAUCAUGACGACGUGGCGGGCGAUGUGGCCCGAGAUGCGCUACCCCGUUGAUCCUUACGGCAACGCCAAACCCCUUCCAUCGUUGACGUCAAGCGCCGCAUCCCCGCAGGCGGAAGAAGCGGUGUUGCAGAUGAAGGAGAAGUGGGAUGUCGUGUCUCCGCUGACGUACUGCGAUCAUCACAUGUGGAGCAACCUCGCCUGGCGCGAUCCGCGCGGCUUUCUAAACGGUCUGUUCUACCAGUCGGCCUUGUAUGAGGUGAUGUACUUCUUCAUCUUCAGCCGCGGACAAUGGCACCCGCCGACGUGGUUCUCCGUUCCUACGUUCUCGUCGGAGGAUGGCACGCCAUGCGUGCCGUCUCUCGUGGAUUUUCUGUAG